AUGCGCCCAGAAGAAGACCAAGUUAUCGAGAGCGUAGGUCUCCGACAAUGCCUUUUCUCAAUCGUUCUGACGGUAGUCACCCAUAGUAAGAUCGAUGAGCUGGAAAGAAAAGAGCAAGAAUUGUCCAUUAGGCUUCAAGAACUCGAGUCAAUCGUGGUCGCUAACCCAAGUACGGUGGAUACCUCCAGUCCAGAUGACAGACAUACCGUGAGAUCCAUCGCAGCGUCUUCACCCGUGGCACGCGAAGGAGCAAGCCUGAGCUUCAUCGCGCAUCUAUUCUCUGACGCGAACUGGAGAAAGUCACAUGCCACUCUGCUAAGAACAUUGGCUGAUGCACCCGGCACCGAUGAAGUCUCGAUAGCCCCUUGCUCUCUACCAUCUGCAGUAGAGACACAGAUGUUAUUCGAGAAAUACUUGAGCUGGGCACACAUACAGAACCCGUUCCUUCUCCGCAGAAGCAUCUGGGCCCUUCAUCAGCGUCUCUUCAAUGGCCAAGGCACAUCCACCAAAGCCUCAAGCCACGACCUCUUCCGAGCCUUCAUGAUAUGCGCCAUCGGGGCAGUUCUGCCAUACCGCAACAAGCUUCACCAUCGCCACCCAGAAGCAUACUACAAUGCAGCUCUACAGCACCUCGACGGCGACUUUCUGACUCGGGGACUGGAUUCUGUUCAAGAUUUGUUGCUUAUAUGUAGAUUCGGCAUCUACCACCCAAUAGGUACUUCGAUCUGGGACGUCGUUCGACUCUGCGGGCGUCUCUGCAUCGAACUUGGUCUUCACAACGGGACUGAUAUCCGAGGCGAUUUACUACAAACACAGCUCAGAAGGAGAAUAUUCUGGCAGUUUUAUCUCAUCGAUCGCUACAGUUCAACGACUUUGGAUCGUCCAUUCUUGAUCGAUGAUGCAGAUAUUGAGACAAAGUUUCCAGUUGAAGUCAGCGACGAGGAACUCGAAGCAGCCAGCCGCGACGUCCAAAGCCUCGAUUCCUUGAACUUCACUCGCGAGCCUAACGUGCAGAAUGAAAUGACUAUCUUCUUCGUCUCUGUGCGGCUGAGGCAGAUAUCAUCACAUAUACAGACCGAGUUCUCCAAGCUGAGGCGCAAGAUCUCUAAUACAAGGUCGAAGCACUUACUCGCUGGUCAUGUCCAUGUUGUGAUGACGAAGCUGUUGAAAGAGCUGAAAGACUGGAGAAGCAGCAACCCUAUAAUACAGGAACCGAGCUGUCUGUACGAAACACAAGAGUGGUACGACUCGCUCAUCGCCCGUGAGAGACUAUCUGUCCUCCGUCGCGCAAUUGACCUAGUCCCAAAGGUCAACGGCUCUCCACCAAAAGAGAUCCUGAUUGUCUUUCUCAGAUCUGCGCUUGAGACUAUUGAGAGAUAUCACAUCAUAUGUCAGAAACCAGGUAUGGUGACGCACACACGAAGCUACUUUCAUAUGCUCUUCACGGCUGCGUUGUCGGUCAUGUACUGCAUAUCCGUAUCCAAGAAGCUUAGCCAGGAGGACAUGCGCGCAUCUCAUCAAGGUCUACUGCUUUGUCAAGAGUUAUUGAACAGUGUUGCCCGACAACUCCCAGACGCAAAGAGCUAUGUAGCCGUCUUUGAAGCCCUACACCGCGAUGUGUCGCAACGCCUGUGGCCGAAUGUGCGAGAUAUCUCUGUUAAUAUCCCAGUUGAUCCAGCGAUGGGCUUCUCAAACGACAUCAGCGCCUUCAAUGGUCAAAGUUUCUCUCCAGACCUGGGUACCAGUACUGUACCCAAUUCCUUGGGAAACAUGCCAGACUUUUCAACGAAUCGCCAGUUCUUUGAUCAGGGUUUGCAGUCACGCUCUAGUCUAAUAGACCCAGUGAGCCAGUUUGGUGUUCCAGGACAAGAUGGGAACGAUAUGUCUGAGGAGUAUCAAGAUGGGUCGUCGGUAAAUUGGGCGCUGUUGAACUAUGAUUCACUGUGGAAUAUGGAGUCUGCACUGGGCCAGUAUGUUUAUGGAGAUCCUACGAAUCCCAGUGUUUGGGAUGGCUUUGAGUUCUAA